AUGGAAAAACUACUGGAGCUUCCAGUCAUCGUAAUUUUCAUAUCAUAUUUUCUGCUUGCAGCAGGAAGACAAGAAGAACGAUACGUAAAACAUGGAGCACUUGUCAGCAAAAUCAUUGAGACUGAAGAUGGCGAUGUGUUCCAUUGCAUCGAUAUGAAUCAACAACCAGCACUGUCUCAUCCAUUACUGAAGGGGCACAGAAUACAGAUGGAGCCCACCUCUUAUCCGUCAGAGCUGAAGAUCAAAUCUUCAUCAGAAACUACAACGACAGAGGCUCAUCUGCCUACCAUUGCAUGCCCAAAGGGAACAAUACCAUUGUUACAAAACAGUAAAGUUGAUCUGAAGACACAAUUUAGUUUUGAUCCAAUGGGCAACACCCGUAGCUAUGGAGGGGAGAGAGCUGGGUGUACAACAUAUGAUGAAAUAUAUGGAACACAAGUUGCAAUCAAUGUUUAUGAGCCAAAGGUGCGAGGAGACAAUGAUUUUAGCGCAUCAUGGGCACUGAUGGUAAACGGACCUAAGGGAAAUCAUGAGGGAAUCGGUGCUGGUUCUAUCGUAUGGCGAAACUACCGUGGCGAUAACUUUGCAAGAUUUCAUAUUUACUGGCAAGCUGAUUCGAGCAACAUGCCAUGCUUUGAUCAUAUUUGUCCUGGUUUUGUACAAGUCAGUCAGAGUGUUGGUAUUGGAGGCAGAAUACAACCGGUUUCUGUCUAUAAUGGGCUCCAGUUUGAGAUAAUUGUUACCAUAUCAAAGGAUCCAAAGACUGGGAAUUGGUGGUUAGCAUAUGGACAUGAUAAAACUCCACUUGGAUAUUGGCCUUCUUCAAUUUUCAGUUACAUGAAUGAAAAUGCAAAGAUUUGUUUCUGGGGUGGGCAAGUUCAUGGACCAACUGUUCAAUUGCACCUUCCAGAAAUGGGAAGUGGACACUGGGCAUCCGUUGGGCCUGGAAAAGCUGCCUAUGUGAGGAGUAUUAAGGUCAUAAACAAAGACAACCAGUACAUAACUCCAGGCACACACAACACCUUUUCAAGUAGUACUAGAGAAUUUUGCUAUGAUGCUGGAGAUAUCAAAUUCAAUGAUGAUGGAGUUCAUCUCUUGUAUGGUGGACCUGGUAAUUGCACAAAGUAA